AUGUAACACAUACUGUACAUGUUACAAUUAUAUUAUUGCACAAUAAUACAUUUAAUAAAGGUUUGCACCGGCCGCAAACAGUCUACAGAUAUUGUCUUUUACAACACAACUUUCCUAGAUUUGCACUUUCAUAUGUCCCUGUGAAUGAGAGCAAAGCAUGUAGUCUCCGCCGGCAAGAUGCAUGCCAGCGAUGUACUAAGCGCGUUAUGUACCGUCAGUGACUGGGGCGAGGCAGCCUCUCAUAAUAGCCACACUCUUGCUUUUAUUCUCGUCUACUUCCUCUUUGUGUGGCAAGCCUCUUCUUUCUUGUCAAUCAUGCCAUGUUUUCAUGGUUCACUAAAUCAAACAAUAUACUGUAUGUGAAGCCUCAAAAGCCUACACAAUGCUGCAGUUCCUGGUUGUCAAUUGUUAUUUUUUUUUUCCCAUGAGGGUCCAUUCCAGUUAAGUUUGGCCAUGCCGCUUACGCGGCGGGAAAACCCACUCCAUACAGAGAGGCCAAAGUCCGGAUUCAAACCCCUAACCUCAAUGCGGUGAGGCAGAUGCUAACCACUAGUACAACGUGGCACCCCAUCAAGCAUUAUAGGAAUAAAUUACUUUUAAAUCCCAACACAUGGGACCCAACUUCAAGAAUUUAGUUUAAUCAAAUCUCAUUUGGAUUUAUUGACACGUCAAAGAGACAUCAGCUGCCAGUAUAUAAAAGACUCGCUUCAUUAAUUACAAUGUCAGCUUGCGAGUGUUUGCACAAUCUGUGUGCACUCUCUCGAUGUGCGUAUUUCUUACUUGUUGACAGUUGGGGUUUUGUGGAGCUUGUCAAAUAUUUUUGUCUGGUAAAAUGACACCAAGGCAUGGCAUGAUGACCUGCUACACAGGUUUCCUUGGCUGUAAAAUAACGCCGCAGAACCCGUAAUGAGGCAGUGACUUGGGUGUAUUAGCCUUUGUUUGUUGACAGGACCUUUGUUGUGUAAUGACAACUAUCAAGAAAGACAAGUGCAACGUUCACUUUUUUUCCCUUUUUUUGGGAGAGGAGGGGGGGUGCUUAGACGGGUUCACUCCAGAUUUUUUUGUUUUGGCUAUGACCAUGACUAUGAUGUUUCUGGAUAUUCUAUUGAAUGCUUUAUUAUAUGACAAAACUGAAGCCUGCACAGUAGUGAAUUUAAAAAGUUUCAAUACAAUGUUCUGUAAAAAUAGGAAUGUAGUUUUAGUCUUAGGAUAGAUAGGUAGGUAGUUUAUUGGGGUGUGUUAACCUUUUCAAAACUUAAUUAUAAUUUUUUAAAGAUUGUUAUAAUGUCCUAUUAUAAUCUUCACAUAUACAAAGUCACGGUACAAUAUGAGUGAGCUGAUUUAACAUGUUCAGGGCCCAAAUUGAGAUGGAAAAAAAGAAUGUACCCGACCGUUUCCACAUUGCUGAUUUGUAAAUACAAACAAAGAGUGGCAAUAAAAAUAGGAAUGAUUGAUUUUACUGAUUUAUAGUCGCCACUGUUGAUGAUAAUAAAUACAGGGAGCCUUCUCACUCCAAUCAAGAUGAUUAGAAAUUCCUCCGCAUACUUUUUUUUCGACUUUAACACCCCCCCCCCCCCCCCCCCCCCCAGCAACCCGCCAUCGGGACUUUUUACGGUCGGUGCAGGUGGAAUCAUCCGCUCGUCUACGGGGACUAGUUUACCCCCACCACCCCGGAAAUGUUGCAGCCCCCUCGGUCGCGCCAUGUGCCCGCCGAGGGGAGAGCGAGCAGCCGGGAGAGAACCAGAGUGAGUGAGGGAGGGAGCGAGAGAGUGAGCGAGAGAGAGGCGGAGGAGGAGGAGGGCGAUGAGUCAAUACAACUAAUAAUUUAAUGGGGACACGCAGGGAGAGCCGGAGCGAGAGAGGGGGGGAGACCGAGAGGCGGAUAGCCGAGGCACAAGAGCUCCGAGCCCGAGUAGCGAGACACCUUUUUCCACCUCCAGGCGUCAGCGGCGGCGGUAGUAGCAGCGCGGCAAGCCCCGCGUCUGAGCACCCGGCUGGGGAGCGUCGUUUCUCCGCGACGCCGGGAAAGUGAACGGCACUUUUUGACCUCCCCUCGUCUUUUUUUUUCUCAGCCUUGUUUUGAAUGUGGCGAACCUGCUCCGUAUCACGUUCCGGCUCCGCGCUACCAACAGCUGAGGGGACAUUUGCUAGUUCUUGGUUUCUCGCUAGCUACUUCCCAAGCACCCGGGUCUAGACGCGCACUGUCGCCGGCAACUGUGGCGGUUGUGGUGGAUACCAUGGUCCGUUCCGUACGCUGUUCUCUUCCCGGCGGCGGCUAGCGGGCAGGCUGCCAGCCAGCCUCUCCCCCAGCCUCCCACGGCCAUGUUUGUAUUUUUGGGUGAAGUAGUGGCUAACCUCUCACUUUGCACCCGCUUGUUGUUGAUUUUCUUCGGGUUGUUUUUUAGCGUCCAUGUCGCCGGGCGGUAUAAGCUAACAUAGCGCAGACACUCACCCCAGCCCCAACAUCGGUCGAUGGUCCCGCCUCUUGCCCACGGAGCCUCCCAGAAGCCGGCUUGACUUCCGCGCCCGCCCCCCCACUGUCACUCAGUUGCCAACAGGAAGUUUUGCUCUAUUUAUUAUUUGUACUGUUUUCAACAACUUAUCAGUCUACCCUGGCCAAACUUGAAGAAAAGAGGAAUCCAAGUGGUGGCAAGCUGCUCCUUUCCAGGUGACCGCAGCGAGUCGAGGGUUGCUGAGAUGAUGAUGGACCAUCUCAGCGAAACGUGUUUGGGCAAGGAGAACGCCGAGCUGGUCAACAGCAUGGCUGAGGCCAAGCCCCCACCGGCCAAGCUGCCCCGCAUGGAGCAGAACGGCAGCCCCCUGGGGAGGGCCAGGCUGGGCAGCACUGGUACCAAACUGGCCGGGUUGCCCUUCAAGCCUGCCAAUCACCUGCUGAAGACCUGCCACAAGCGCGGCAACAUGCUGCCCGUCUUCUGCGUGGUGGAGCACUACGAGAAUCCUAUGGAUUUUGACAGCAAGGAGGAGCACGCAGAGUUCGUGCUGGUGCGCAAGGACAUGCUCUUCAAUCAGCUCAUCGAGAUGGCGCUGCUCUCGCUCGGGUACUCGCACAGCUCAGCCGCCCAGGCCAAAGGUAUGAUUCAGGUGGGAAAGUGGAACCCUAUUCCCCUGUCAUACGUGACUGAUGCGCCCGACGCCACGGUGGCCGACAUGCUGCAGGAUGUCUACCACGUGGUCACGCUCAAGAUCCAGCUGCACAGUUGUCCUAAGCUGGAGGACCUGCCACCAGAGCAAUGGAGCCACUCUACAGUAAGAAACGCCCUCAAGGAGUUACUCAAAGACAUGAAUCAGAGCUCUCUGGCUAAAGAAUGCCCCUUAUCACAGAGUAUGAUUUCCUCCAUUGUCAACAGCACUUACUAUGCAAAUGUGUCGGCGGCAAAGUGUCAAGAAUUUGGGCGCUGGUAUAAACAUUUCAAGAAGACAAAGGAUAUGAUGGGCAUCCGCCAAUCAUCCCAGCUGGAAGGCUACCUGGGGACGUGCAUCCUUCGCGAGAGCCCCCGUGCUAAUGCACUAGCCGAGAUGGAUGGCCUGUCCGACCUGUCACCGCCUGGCUCCAACCACAACCACCUGGGCUUCUCCCAGCAGCAGCAGCCCAUCCCGGGCAGCACGGCCGAGCAGACGCCCUCGUCCCCGGUGCCCCCGCUGUCCCACGCCCCGCCGCCACCCCCGCAGCACGGAGGGGGCCAGGCAGGGGGCCGGCAAAUGCCCCCUGGCCUGCACCACCCGGGCCUGGUGUCCACGCCCAUCAGCCCCCAGCUGGUCAACCAGCAGCUGGUGAUGGCGCAGAUCCUCAACCAGCAGUACGCCGUCAACCGUCUGUUGGCGCAGCAGUCGCUGUCGCAACAGUACCUUAAUCACCCGCCCGUGAACCGCAACUCGCAUGCCAAGCCUCUGGAGCCCCAGGUCGGAUCCAACACCGAGGUGUCCUCUGAGAUCUACCAGUGGGUCCGCGAUGAGCUCAAGCGGGCCGGCAUAUCGCAGGCCGUCUUUGCCCGAGUGGCCUUCAACAGAACUCAGGGCUUAUUGUCUGAGAUCCUGCGGAAAGAAGAGGACCCCAAAACAGCCUCGCAGUCGUUGCUUGUCAACCUGCGCGCUAUGCAGAACUUCCUGCAGCUGCCCGAGGCUGAGCGCGACCGUAUCUACCAGGAGGAGAGGGAGCGCAGCCUGACCGCCGCAUCCGCCAUGGGCGCCGCUCCGCUCAUCAGCACACCGCCCAGCCGGCCUGUUCAGCCUCGGAGAGAAGACUGUAACAGUGUGCGGCCUGAAGACUGGAACCCCCGCAUUCCCGUGGGCCUUUCUCCUGUGAAGCCAUCCCCUCUGCCCAGCGAGUGGAACGGCAAAACGGAGAGCUGCAUUCUCAACAUCAACUCCAACAUCUACGACGAGAUCCAGGGAGAGAUGAAGAGGGCCAAAGUCUCCCAGGCGCUCUUUGCCAAAGUGGCCGCCUCCAAAAGCCAGGGUUGGCUGUGCGAGCUUCUGCGCUGGAAGGAGGAUCCAUCUCCAGAGAACCGGACGCUGUGGGAGAACUUGUCCAUGAUCCGCCGCUUCCUCAGCCUCUCUCAGGCCGAGCGCGACGUCAUCUACGAGCAGGAGAGCAGCGCCGGACAGCAACAUCACAACAACGCCGCCGACAGGCCGUCGCACUUCUCGCACGUCUCGGCAGACCCGCUGCAGCACCAACCGGCCCUGUCCCAACAACACCCGUCCCAACAGCCCCCCUCGGGCCCUCGCCUGCCCCCGCGCCAGCCUUCCACCGCCUCCCCGGCCGAGACGGAGGACGACGUGGUGCGCAGCCUGGUCAAGUCGCGCUCGGGCGGCGGCGGCGGCAAGAUCUCCCUGGAGGCCUUGGGCAUUCUGCAGAGCUUCAUCCAGGACGUGGGCCCGUACCCUGACGAGGAGGCCGUCCACACGCUGUCCGCCCAACUGGACCUCCCCAAACUCACCGUCAUCAAGUUCUUCCAGAACCAGCGCUUCUACGUCAGCCACUCGGCCAAAGGGCCCAAGGAGACGCCCCCCGCCAACGGUGGCAACGGCGGCGCCAGGAGCGGCAGCAGUUGCAGCAGCGGCGGCGGCAGCCCCGCCGCCGCCGCCGCCUUGGACGAGGAGCCCUCGGAGACCGGCGAGGGAGGCGACGCCCACAAGGAGACGGAUGAGAGCACGCAGACCAACGCCAACGCCUUCGUGGUCAAAACUGAGGAACAGGCGGGGCGAGGCGCAGGAGGCCCCGUCGUGGAGCAAGCGCAUGAUUAAAAGGAACAAAAGACUGGCCUGGACUUUCAAUUUUUGGAUUUUGUAAAAGUAUUGUAUCAUUAUGAUGAUGACGAGUCUGAUACACUGUAAAGACUUUUCUGGCAUUGUUUCGUAACCUGCACAAACACACAAAACAAGUGGAAAAUCGGUAACACUGUUCGCCUAGGACCGUAAUUGCCUAAGUCGUUUUUGAAAGUUUUCAGAAAAUAAGAGGGGAGGGGGGGCGGUGUGGGUGAAAUCAAAUUUAUAAAUGAUCACAUCCCGGAUGACCGACAAUCUACACAGACAAAAUUUUAAAAUAGAAAAUGUAAACAUUUUUUACCAGUUAAAAAUGACUUGGGCAACUAUGCCAUUAGGUCAAAGUUUUGCUUACUGCACUCACACUUUCAGGACGUGUCCACACGUACUUUUAAAAGGUAUCACUUUACAUAAACAUUUUUUCUUGAGUAAUAUGCGAAAUAUGAACCUUUAGGGGGAAAAAAAAACUUUGACUCCAUUAUGGCUAUUGAAAGAAUACAUUUUUUUUUUUUUUUGCUGAAGAUACUUUUUCUCACAAAUUUACUUUCUCAUAUGAUUACGACACUUUCUCCCAAAAAAUCUCAAUUCUUUUAGGAUUAAAGUACAAUUUGUAAAAAUUUAAAAUACGAUAAAACAUUUUUAAAGGCGUUUUGGGGGAAACCAAAUAAAAUAUUUUUUGGGGAAAAAAAGUAUUUUAAAAGUAUUGAUGUAUUGGCCACAGCAUUGUCUGGAAAAAACUUUUCUUUCACCCAAAAAUCACAAUCACUCUUAGAAGACUUUUUUUAAUGUAACUUUUUAUUUUGUUCUUAAAGAUAAAUCUGAUGAGUCUAAUAUGAGUUACUUUUCCUUAAUUAUUAUGAUUUUCAUAACUAAAACAUCCAUCUUUUCAUAAUAAUAAUAAUGAUGUUUUUGGGUAGUUCACAAAAUCUGAAGACAGACUUUUGGAAAACAUUCACCCUUGCCAUUUCUUUAAAGUUGUCCCCCCCCCCAACCCACCCUGCCAAUGCAUUUUAAAAAAAAUAAUUUUGAGGGCAAAGAGGAAAAGGGGGAAAAAAGAAAUUCCAAUCAAAUGUGAACAUAAGCGCAUACGUGUGGACACGUCGUCGCGCUCACUUUUCUUUCCUUGUGUCUUGAAAUGUCAGAUUCUGUUGGGCAAGAACAAUUGACGCCAGUUUGAGUCAUUUCUUAUUACAAGGAUGACUUUUGUGGUUUUAUGUGCGUGCGGUUUUUUUUUUUUUUAAGAAACAAAAAUCAAGGACCAAGUUGUUUGACAAGGCCUUAAAAAACACCAGGUGUCAUAUAUUGUUAUUAAUCUUAAUAUGACGAUCAACAGGCCGUCACUCCUGUGUUUUGUUUUUUUUGUUUUGUUUUUUGAGGAUGGAACAGAAUCUAAGGAAAAUUUUCUCUCUACUGUCUGUGCAUAAAUAAAUAGAUGUGAAAUAUAUGAUCAACCUAUGCCAAUAAUGCCUUGUACCACAUGGUUCCUUUUGCCAAUGGAACACACAAUGAGAAAUGUGAAUGACGCCAUCGUUCUUAUUUAUUUGCAGUGUUGAUGAUGUAAGAGAUUUUUUUUUUUUUGCAUUUCUCCCCCCUCGUCUUUUUUCUAUUUAUACACAAACGGACGGACAACAACAAAAAGUGUCUUAAACGUUUUCCAGAGGAGAAAUGUGCUUUAAAGGUGGCCUAUAAUCACAGAAAAAAAGAAGGGGAAAAAAAAGGGCAGGGCGAGCGGCACUGAUUUCAUGUUGUAUGCAAUUUUUACAAGGAUCAUGCAAAUAAGCUGAAGCGUGUAGAGAGGGAAAAAAAUACUUUAUGCAAUCUGUGUGGAAAUCAUUUGUGUCUUCCUUUUUUUUUUUUGCUUUUCACGAGCUCCAUGUGGACGAUUUUUCUUUGAAUGCGACUGACUGUUUUCGAAGCGGUUCCUCCUCCGUGCAGAUGCGCUUCUUGCUCGUCUCGGAAACGAUGGCCAAUGAACUUUUUGAUGUUUUGUCAAAGUGUACAUAGCGCACACGUAUACACGCACCGAUGUAAAUAGAGUGCAAAUGCGCAGAGCGGAGAAAAGUCUGUGGUGCCUCUCUUUCAAUCAGCUUCUUCUGCAUCUUCUUGUGCCGUGUGUGUGUCGAGCACCUGGGAAGCACCGGCUGGACGGUCCCAGCUGCUUAGUUGCCGCUGCCGUGCGUGCGUACCAGUCAGGGUCGGUCUGAACCGGCUUUCUAUUGAUGUUCUGCUGGUUGUUUGUUUUUUUUUUGUUUUUUUGUUUGUUUUUUCAUUAAUAAACAAAAAGCCAGAGUAAAAGAUUGA